AAAAGAUGGGAGGAUCUGCAUCAACACCACCCAAGCCAACACUAUCGGAACAUUCGAAAAAAAUUGUUGAGGAAGUCAAGGAACAUGCGGUUGUUCUCUACACAAAAGAUGGAUGUGGUUAUUGUGUGAAAGCUAAGAAUGAGCUUUACGAGGAUGGAAUUCAUUAUACAGAAAAGAAUCUGAAUACGGUGUCAAAAGUGAUUCCAAAUCCACAAGAAUACAUUCAAGGGCUCAUGGAUUUGACACGUCAGCGAACUGUUCCACAGAUUUUCAUUUGUGGGAAAUUCGUUGGUGGAUACACAGAACUCAACGCUCUUAGACCGAAUCUCGCUAAAAUUCUGGAAACUUGCUCAGUGGACAAUGGGGAGACACUCCGGAGAGAAUAUGCAUCGAAAAUUUGAAGUUUAUUAUUUAUACUUUUUCGUUUUAAAAUGUGCCAUUUAAAUUACUGCGAGUGCAAUAUAAAUUCAAUAAAUACUUGAAUUGC